GAAGUGUCAAUUCAGUUGACUAAAGACAAAAUUUUGUUGUGAUAAAAGCAUUGGUCAAUUUGUGAAAUUUAAAAAUGUGGCCAAUUAUUAUGGGGGCUUUGCGCCGGAAUGCGCCAUUUAUUACCCUUCCGUUUGCUGCUGUUAUAGGUUUUAUUGGUUAUAAACUGGAAGGCAUUCUAUCUGACAAGUUUACACCGUACAAUGAAUCAAUUCAAGACAGUCGAGCCGAUCGUUUGGCCAACGAAGAAAUCUCCCACGAUCCGACCAAAGUAGAAAAGCUCCGGCUCAAGGAAAAUGUUUUAGAACGCAAUUUAUCACCUUCACUGCAAAGAAAAUAAAAAAUCCAACACAAUCCAUGAUUUUUUACUGUUGAAAUUGUAUAUUUAUUGAUUGUUAUAGAAACCACUGGAAAGUGGAACAUAGAUGAUGAUUUACGUGCUUAAAAAAUGAAUAAAUAACCUAUUACAAUGCUUGAUAUGAAAACUCA